UGUUGCCUCCGUGAAUUCGGUGGAUGAUCGUCUCGACCCUGAUGUGAUCAUUAACGCAGUAUCGAUCAUGUGGCAUCAGUGGUGAGGGUAAACGUGAACAAGGGUGCAGAAAUUCCACCAAUUCCACGGACCAAAACAUUUACCUCCUUGAGAAAGAGAUAGAAAAAAGCAGAAAUCAGGAAAACGAAACUCGAAACAUCUCCAAAGAUGAAAGGAACCAUGGAAAUUUUUACGUCGCUGGUGUUGCUCAUCGUAGAACUGACUCUCGAGGACGUAGUCAACACACACAAUCGAGAUACAGUCGUAACGUCUUCUGAUAUAUUAAAUUUUAAGGAUCCCUGCAAUUUGUGCGAAAAUACAGUUACUGGUUUUCCAAAUAGCUACAUAAAGUCUUGCUGUCAACGAGGCUGCAGGUUUUUCAAUCUAAUCAACUCGCGUUACAAAUGGGAGGAAGACCGUUUGAAUGGCACUAUUAGGAACGCAUGCGAGGCUUCGUGUUCCGAGGCUUACAUAAAUCCGAAUGAUCAGUGUGUCUGCAAUAUUGGCUGUAAUUUCAUGGCCAAGCAACGAGUUUCAGAUCUGUUACCUCUGUUCACUAUCGCCACAUGCAUGGAAAACAAUAUAGACAUUUUACCCACGCCGCCUGACAUACCAGAGAAUGAUAUAUUAACUGAUCCUGGAUUACGCAAGGAAUUACUUCCUAGAUGGUGGGAUGUGGAUGGCUUUAAAUUGCCACAGACCCAUAUUAAAACCAUACCAAUAGACGCUAGGACUGUGGAUUACACUCAAGCCUCUGAUUGUUCUGAAGAAACUAAACAACUGUCAUCUACAUAUAAAUCUGAAACGUUUCAACAGGCGAAGAAUAUUCUCUCUCACAUUGGACAUCUGUAUCUCAAGUAUAUAGCGGCUUUAGCUGGUCCUUUCAUCGCCAUAGUAGGGCCUGCAAUAUCAUUAUAUUACAUAAAGAAAAAACAUAGAUCAUAUAAGAAGAAGUUUUAUAGCAAUAUCAACUUUUCGAAGAACAUUAUGGUAUUCAUGCCAAAUGAACUAGUGAUGUACACAAUUCUUCCACCUGAACAUCAUAAAGAAUUAUCUAGUCGUUCCAUUUAAAUCACGACGU